AUGGGGGGCAGCUCCAUGGGCUGGGGGCAGCAGCGGGUGUCAAGCCCGUUCCUGGCGGGGUUUCGUGGUACAGCGGUGGCAGCUGCCUGCUCUGUGCAGGUGGAUGUGGAGGGGCAUUACAUUUCUGUGGAUACAUCUCAUGAGGGUGAGAAAGCAAUACUUUCCAGUCCUGAACUGCAUUCUGAAGAGUGGAGCUGUAUCAGACUGAUCUAUCAAAUAGCAUCAACUUCAGAGUCUUCGUCUGAUCCCACCAGGCUCAACCUGUACCUGAGGCAAGAAGGAGAGAGCUUUGAUCGUUUACUAUGGUCAGCUAAGGAGCCUUCAGAUAGCUGGCUCAUAGCUAGUUUAGAUUUAGCAAAUAGCACCAAAAAGUACAAGAUUGUCCUGGAAGGUGAGAUUGGAAAAGAUAAAUCUGCCAGCAUAGCAAUUUUUGAAAUUAAAAUAACCCCGGGAUAUUGUAUUGAGUGUGACUUUGAAGAAAACCACCUUUGUGGCUUCAUGAAUCGCUGGAACCCCAAUGUAAACUGGUUUGUUGGUGGAGGAAACAUCCGCAAUUCUCAGUCUGUCCUCCCCAAAGAUCACACGCUUAACAGUGAAUUGGGUCACUACAUGUAUGUGGACUCUGUUUACGUCAAGCAUUUUCAGGAAGUGGCCCAGCUAAUCUCACCAAGGACAACGGCCCCCAUGUCUGGCUGCUUAUCUUUUUAUUACCAACUUAAGCAGGAGAGUAGCAUUGUUUUUACCGUCUACUUGAGAGAUAUGAGUGGCUUCUAUGAAGAGAUCUGGAAAACAGAAAGUGCCCUGAGCGCAGCCUGGACUGUAGCAGAAAUUGACUUCAAUGCCCCAUACCCAGUGGAGGUGAUAUUUGAAGUUGCUUUCAACAGCGCCAAGGGAGGUUAUGUAGCCCUUGAUGACAUUGCUUUCUCUCCAGUUUACUGCAGCAAUCAGACAGGAAUUUCUUUCAAUCCUGCUGAGGCGAGCUGCAAUUUUGAGGAAGAUUUCUGUAAUUUUUACCAGGAUCAGAAGGAUGGCCCAGGAUGGAGCAGAGUGAAAGUGAAGCGUAAUGUGUAUAGAGCAGGAGAUCACACCACAGGCUUCAGUUAUUACUUGCUGGCAAACACAAAGUUUACAUCGCAGCCUGGAUAUAUUGGACGGCUGUACGGCCCUACUCUGCCAGGAAACUUGCAGUAUUGCCUGCGAUUUUAUUAUGCCUUGUAUGGGUUUUUCAAAAUGAGCGGCACUCUUGCUGUUUAUAUCUUUGAGGAGAAUCAUGUGGUUCAAGAGAAAAUCUGGUCUGUCUUGGAUUCUCCAAAGGGUGUUUGGACUCAAGCUGAAAUCUCAUUCAAGAAGCCCAUGCCUUGCAAGGUUGUCUUUGUGAGCUGGUGUAAAAGCUUCUGGGACUGUGGACUUGUGGCGCUGGAUGACAUAUCACUGAGCCUGGGAAGCUGCCAGGCUGUUGAUCUGUUGCCAGCCAAUCCUGGAGAAUGCACUUUUGAGAAGGACGAGUGUAUGUUCACGCAGAAGAAGCAAGGCCGUGGGAGCUGGCGCAGGAGGAGGGGUCCCACUCCCACCUCUUACACUGGGCCCAGAGGAGACCACACUACUGGGGUAGGAUACUAUAUGUAUAUAGAAGCAUCCGACAUGGUAUAUGGACAGAGAGCAUACCUAACAUCAAGAACAUUAAGAGGGACUUCUGGAAAACUGUGCCUGACAUUUUUCUAUCACAUGUAUGGAGCUGGGACUGGAUUAUUGAGUGUUUACUUAAAAAAGGAAGAUGAUGAGGAAGAGAUUCCAUUAUGGAGGAGAACAGGGGAACAAAGCAUCUCAUGGCUAAGGGGACUGAUAGAAUAUGAAAGUGAAAAAAACCACCAGAUUAUUUUUGAAGCAAUUCGUGGGAUAUCAAUAAGAAGUGAUACAGCUGUUGAUGAUAUUCUGUUCCAGGCAGGAUCCUGCUUAGAAGUGGAAGAAAUUCAGUUUUCAUCAGGCUAUCCCGACAGCUUAAAUGAAAUUGAGUUUUAA